AUGUCACGAAUCUACAUAUUUGGAAAGGGAGGAAAAGGUUUAGGAAAAGGAGGAGCCAAGCGUCACAGGAAAGUUCUCCGUGAUAACAUCCAAGGUAUUACCAAGCCAGCUAUUAGACGUCUAGCUCGACGAGGUGGUGUCAAACGUAUCUCCGGCCUUAUCUACGAAGAAACCAGAGGUGUAUUGAAAGUCUUCUUAGAAAACGUCAUUCGAGAUGCUGUCACCUACACUGAACUUGCCAAGAGGAAGACCGUCACUGCCAUGGAUGUCGUCUAUGCUUUGAAGAGACAAGGCCGAACGCUCUACGGAUUCGGAGGUUAA